CGCAUGCUUGUGAUCCUGCACGCUCGACUCGAAGGCCUACACCCAGGGCUGGUCCCGCAUUUCCUACCGUAACCUGUCCUCUCCUGUAGUGCUACCCCAUAAUAUAUCUGCGCCGUAGUCCGCCGGCGCCCAAGAUCUCCUGUGCAGACACCCCGGCUGCAUCGCAUCUUAUCUCUAACCCACAAUGUCCUCCACCCGCCCCAAGCCAGCGCGCAAGAGCUCGGGCCAGAACCACCGCAGCACACUUUCGCUGCAGCGAGCCGAGAUCGUCAUCAACGUCUACGAUCUGCUGCCGCCGGGCAAGAUCGCAUCCGUGCUCUGGACCAUAGGCAGCUCCCUACUGCACUCCGGCGUUGUCAUCGGCGACAGGGAAUAUGCAUACGGCGGCCACGACCGGCGGGGCCUGACCGGCGUGUACUGGACGAAGCCCGCGCAGGAGCCGCCGGGUGGGACAUUCAGACAGUCUAUCCUGCACGGCUUCUCGUUCCGCCCGGCAGAGGAGCUGGAUGCCAUCAUACACCAGGCUUCGGAGGAGUUCCAGGGCACGUCCUACAACCUCCUCACCAAGAACUGCAACCACUUCACAUCCUACCUCUGCGAGAAACUCACGGGCCGAUCGGCACCGGGCUGGGUCAACCGCGCAGCGAGCAUAGGCGUAGCUCUUCCAUGCGUUGUGCCACGGGAAUGGAUUGCGCCACCGGAUUAUGAUACUGCGGAUGGAGAGCUCCUUGACGAGGACUUUGACGAAAGAUCGUCUAUGCUGCAGCACGGCGAGAGCCAGGGACGGUACCGCACUGCCUCCGAGGAGGCGCAGCGGCAGGACGCGCGAGCUGCUGGUAGCAGUAGUCGUGGUGAGCAGGGAGGCCCAAGAGGGAAUAAUUGGCAUCCGUCCUCAGAGCAUGCCCCCCGGGUGGUCAACCUCAAGGAAACCGACAGCAGCGGCCAUAAGAUACCGGCAGCGGAGAGAGCGCCGCUGCCAAAGAAUUUGAUGUGA